AUGGAUCCCACCACCGCCCAUGAAUUGGAAGAAGUGGACUCAUCGAACAAGGAGAAUGAGCACCAUGUGGUUGUGGCAAAGAUGAGAGACUCGGACUCAAGAAGCCCAAGAAGCCCUACUCUUGCGCGACGAAUUCUACAGCAUGUUAAAGCAGGUACUUUGGCCAAAAGCACGUACCCAAUGCCUCCAUCUGCUACACGCGUAAAAAUCCGCCGAAAACUAAGGAAGAAGCGCCACAGUGGAGAAAUGCCAGGCAGUGAAGAAGACACGGUACAGUCACCAUCCAAACGACGACGUCUAUCGCCCGACAGAGACAAAACAGAAGAAACAAAGGAAGCAACAAAGGAAGCCGAUGAACCAGAAGCUGAGAAGGAAGCCGAAGAAGAUGAUGAUUCCUCCAAGGACGACACUGCCAACCAGAAGCCAGCUGCCGUUGCCAACAAGGAGACCGUUGCCAACAAGGGAACUGAUCAUCCAAAACAGAAUACUGGAACGCCUAAAGUUCGACGUAGAGUCAGACGUGGCCAGCCUGACACUUGGUUGCAGGCACGCAACAAAGCCAAAGCUCUUGAGUCUCAAAAGAAUGGUUCCUCCUCCAAGGACCUCACCAAAAAGAAACCGGCUGCCAGUGUCAACAAGGAGACCGACCAGCAAAACACUGGACCGCCUAAAGGGCGACGUAACAAGCCACACAACAACGACAAUGCAGUUGAGUCUCAAGAGAAUGUUGCCUCCUCCAAGGAGCUCACGAACAAGGAACCGGCUGCCGGCAAGGAAACUGAUGCGCACAAAGCAAAUCCUACCUGCAAAACCGUCGAACCAGAAGAAGGAAAGCCCACCGAAGAAUCACCAAAGAAGGACAUGGAUACAGUUGAAGAGGUCCUUGACGGAGAUACAUCUUCUGACUCUGUCCUGGGAACCACCUAUUUGAAGGACAACUCGAAUGAUAUCUCAUUCAAUUUGUCCAAGUCCAGCGCCGAAUCAUCUAAGAAGUCAAACAAGUACAUCUCAGGGUCAUCGACCGAUUCCAAGGACAAUUCAGCGCAAGAGGAGGAAAUGCAGUGCUCUCCAGCCAAGGAUGUCAGUUCGCGACUAGGAACUUCCAUCGAUCUGGAAAAAUCACCAAUUGUGGCUGGCCCCCCUUUGAGACUCUCUGACAUAUCUGCCAUAACUCAAGCUGAUGAGGAUGGAGAUGACGAUGCGGACAAGCCCAAUGUCCUCUCUUCGAAGUCAGAGGCCUCGCUUCGACGAGAACAGGAACGACUGGCAAAGGAACGCCAGCAAAACCACAACAAGAAUGGUGACAAGACCGAUUCCAGCCACGACAAGGAUUCCAUGGAGACUGCUCAGAGCCCUCAGUCUCGCCGCCGAAGCCGAAGUAGAGACCUAGAUUUGAUGCCGAGGAGCCCGAAUCCAAGGCCUCUUCAGCGUUCGAAGACAGACAGUGCUGUUGCAAGACCCCCUGCUCGUGAACCGGAUCCUCCACGGUAUCCUCUGAGGUCACACUCCACCAACAAUGUGGCAAGAAAGGACAGUGCUCCAGUCCUACCGGUCCGUCGUCCUCCAGUGGAUACUACCGCAUUGAAGACUGCACGACAACGACGACAUCCGCGUCGUCCAGUGGAUGCCGCCGAAUUGCAGGCUGCAAAACUCAAUCUGGUUACCGGACGCAGCCGCCCGCGUUGCCGAAAACUUAUGGCUGGAGGAAAGACAGGAACAUCAACUGCGGGUUCUGCUACUUCUGCUGGUGCCGAAAGCAAAGACACUGAGCCAACUUCUACUACUGGUAUCGCUGGAGGAAAGGUAGGAACCGCCUCUGCGAGCGACGAAACGGUAUCACCGGCAACAGGGAAAUCUGCUACUUCUGCUGGCACUGAAAGCAAAGAGGCUGAGCCAACUCCUACUUCGGCUGGAGGAAAGGCAGGAAGAACCUCUGUGAGUGGCGACGCGACGGCGGGAGCUUCUGGUAUGGCUGGAGGCAAGACAGGAAGUGCCUCCGCGAGCGACAAAUCUGCUACUUCUGCUCGUGCCGGCAAUUCACCGUCUACAGGGAAAUCUGAUACUUCUGCUGGCGCCGAAAGCAAAGAGACUGAGGUGGCACCUACCGUGGCUGGUGGACAUGCAGGAAAUUCCAAGGAGGCUGAGCCAACUUCUACUAUGGCUGGAGGAGCUGGAGGAAAGGCAGGAAGUGCCUCUGUGAGCGGCGAAACGACGGCGGGAGCUUCUAGUGGCAACGACAAUAGCAAUCAGUUGGGUGGACUCGUGUUGGAAAAGAAUGACAAGGAGGCUGGACCGACUCCUACUACAGCUGGAGGAAAGGCAGGAAGCGCCUUGUUGAGCCACAAAACCAAGGAGGCUGAGCCGACUCCUACCGAGGCCGAGGCUGAGCUGAUCCCUACCAUGGACGAUGACGAUGAUGAGGAUAGCGAACCAGCUGCUUCCGAGACAAGCGACAAAGCCGACAAUAGCAAUCCAGCAAGUGGCGACAGUGAGAAGGAGUCAGCCUUGAGUCCCAAGAAGAUGGCGGGGGCAUCUGUUGCCACAGCAGCCACUGGUGGUUUAACUGACACCAACAACAAAAGCAGCAAGGUACUCGCUAUGGACGAUGACAACAAUGACGGUGCCGGUGACAAUACUGCUACCAAGAAGGCUGAGGCGAUUCGUGGAGGAAAGACAGGAAGCACCUUGUUGAGCAACGAAACCAAAGAGGCUGAGCCAACUGCCACUACAAUGGGUGGAGGAACGGCAGGAAGCUCCUCUUGCGGCGACAAAACCAAGGAGGCUGAGCCGACUUCUGGUACUGGUAGAGGCAAAGGCAAUGCAGGCGACAACAAGCAUGUGUGUCCUGCAAGAUGUGGAAAACGUUUUGAGAGCCAAGCAAAGCUUGAUGAGCAUCUGCUUGCUGUAGCUGGUGCCAAACGAAGUGGAAAACCAAACCAACAUUGGAAAAUUGCUGAAGCACGAGGCCUCAUGAUUUCAACCAAAGCCACAAAGAAAAAGCUGCAGCUGCGAUCGGUGGAGUCUCUUCGUGACCAGCUGAAACUUGGAACCCUCAUGAAGGAUGCGGUUGAUGAAUUGAACUGCGACCUUUCAAUUGACAACCUUGGGGCCCUAUCCAAAGCGAAUCGUGAUGAGUUGGAGCAAAUGAUGAACAUGCGGGCUGACCUUCUCAGACUAUUGAAAGCACAGGAGAAGGGGGAAAUAGAUCCUCCACUAUCGGAGGAAGAAAUCAAGAACAUGCAGAUUGAUCAUAUCACCGCAAAGAUUGAGAAUUUGGCUAAUCUUGCCAUGGAUGGAUGGUCGGUUCAUGACACUCGGAAAAACCACCCAAACUCCAUUGUCAGCGCUGCCCAGCAACCACAAUUCGUGCCCCCCGAAGAGAAUCUCAAAGAUGGUAGUGGCCACAUCAGAGCUAUCUUUUCGGUCCAAGGAGUGACCAAGUCCCCUGGCUACAACUGUCUGACUGAUACCAUCAACACGAUUCUUGGAAAGCGUGUCUUGAAGGUCGACCAAGUCAAACAAGAAAUCCGGAGCCAAGCAAAGAAGCCAGGGCGGCGUUCAGCAAAGACAAAUGCUUUGGUGACGGUCACCCGGCUCGAAAACCUUGCUGUCGUCUUGCCAAAACUCACCAAUGGUGAUUGCAUGCUGGUGUCGAUGUUUCAACCACAAGCCAAAUCACCAGAUCAUCCGGAUGGCAAAACACCAGCCCAGCUGCAGAGGAGGAAGGCAGAAAUCAAGGAGGACUUCAUGAGUGCCCCACCACGUUUUGGGGUUCUAUUCAGCUACAAACAGGGAUGCUACAUUGCUUCUGCGUCACUUUUUGAUGCGGCGGGGAAAGAGCACGGGCACUGCUUCUCCUACAAUGCAGGAGCCAGUGCAGUUUGUGACGGGACAUUCAAAACUGCCCACACCAUUUCUGAUGAGGAUCGUCAAAAUUUUUCUGAAGAUGACUGGAAUCAAAAGCUUUGUGCUGAUUAUGGAGAUCACAUCAAGUGCAUAGAGCUCAAGUGUGUCUACCAAGUCCGUGUGAAAUUCGACAGUGUUGUGAAGGGAAAAUAUCCUCAUUUCAUUGGCUGGGAAAAGUACGGAAAGGAUGCCGGCAAUAGCAUGACACUCUGGAGAGCUCAAGCCUGCAGCAAAGUCCUCCGGGGGCUCCAGGGGUGGAAUGAUGAUGAUGACGAUGAUGAUGAUGAUGACGAGCCAACUCAGUGGGUUUGCUCAGCAGGCUGUGGUGAGAAGUUUCGAAGCCAGGAAGAUGAGAAGAAGCACAUCAAGGAGAUGGCUGCAAAGUCCCGAUCAUCUGCCACCAAGCAUGCCCAACGCUGGGCUUCUAUUGAAUGGCUAGAGAAAACUCUCGAAGACUAUCAAGCUCGUUGA